CUGCUGGAUGUAGGUGAUUUCCUAAGCUUUUGGCUGGCUGGACUUGCAGAACUUGUGUAAAUGCUGCUUUUUUUUUCUUUUUCUUUUUCUUUCUCCCAAAGAAGCAAUCAAUCACGAAGCAGCCGAGGAUUUUGUUGGAUUUCUUGAGGGAAGGAAAAUGGUUGUUCAGUGUUGAUAAAGACGGAGAUCUGCUUCUCCUCUAGCAAAAGCCUUUCAGACUUUGUUUCCAAGCCAUUUUUAAUGGUCUGGAGAAGCUGGAGGAGUGAGGGGUCAAGCAGCACAGGAGAUGUGUGGUGGCACGCCAAGGACAUCAACCCGGACUGGGGGCCCGCCAGACCAGGCCAGAUGUGGGGCCCAUGCCACCUCCUCUGGGCCAUCAGGGAGGACAGACCAGUUGGGCCGAAAGACUCAGAAACGUGAACGUGCUGGGGUAGGAAAGGGAAACGGAAUCUCGGGGAACGAUCCUGCCCACAUCCACGACAGUUGGUCAUCUUCAGAAUUCGACUUGAAUGAAAUCCGCCUGAUAGUUUACCAGGAUUGCGAGAGGAGGGGCCGACAGGUCUUGUUUGAUUCUAAAGCGGUGCGCAAGAUUGAUGGGGCAGCAACUCAGAAAACAGAGGACGCCACCGUUAAACUGCCAGUCAAUUGCUGUCAAGCGAGCAGCCAUGGAAGCAGCUGCAGUGUCAACAGCAACGGGAGUGGCAGCAGCAUCUCAUCUCAUAAUCCCUUAGCAGCCACCCCGCAACACACCAGGGAGCAACUUCCCAAAUACCAGUACACUAGACCAGCUUCUGAUGUCAAUAUGCUUGGUGAAAUGAUGUUUGGCUCCGUGGCAAUGAGUUACAAAGGUUCUACCUUGAAGAUCCACUAUAUACGUUCUCCCCCGCAGUUGAUGAUUAGCAAAGUCUUCUCUGCCCGAGUUGGCAGUUUCUGUGGAAGCACCAAUAACCUGCAGGAUAGCUUUGAAUGCAUCAACCAUGACCCCAAUUUGGGGAAGAUGAGCUCGAAUCUGAACGGUUUGGGUGCCGGUCGAAGUGGAAGUAACUUAGGUGUGCUUCAGCUGUGCAGCAGCAAACUGCUGCCAGGGGUGACUGAAGGAGGACUUCUCCGACUCACCCGGAGUGCUUCUUUCUUUGCAGCGCACAGCACUCCAGUUGACAUGCCAAGCAGAGGCCAAAGUGAAGACCGGGACAGUGGCAUCGCACGAUCAGCCUCACUUAGCAGUCUGCUGGUUACCCCAUUCCCCUCGCCAACCUCUUCCUCCUCCAGCAGUUACCAGCGCCGCUGGCUCCGGAGCCAAACAACAAGUUUAGAAAAUGGCAUUGUUCCAAGGUGGUCAACAGAGGAAACAUUUAGCUUGGCUGACGAAAGCUGCAGUUCCAACCCUGCCAUGGUUCGAAGAAAGAAGAUCGCUAUCAGUAUUCUCUUCUCCCUAUCGGAUAGAGAGGAAGCGCAGAGAAAUUUUCAGGACUUCUUCUUCUCUCACUUCCCUCUGUUUGAAUCCCACGUGAACAGGCUGAAGAGUGCAAUUGAAAAGGCCAUGAUCUCGUGCAGAAAGAUCGCAGAGUCAAGUCAGAGAGUGCAGAUCUAUGUCAGCCGUCUCAUGGAGGCCCUGGGAGAGUUCAGAGAGACUAUCUGGAACUUGUAUUCCGUUCCCAGGAUCACUGAACCCGUGUGGCUUACCAUGAUGUCCAGCACAUUGGAAAAAAGCCAGCUCUGCCAGCACUUCCUCAAAGAGUUUACACUUCUAAUUGAACAGAUCAACAAAAACCAGUUUUUUGCUGCUCUACUGACAGCGGUGUUGACCUACCAUCUGGCCUGGGUGCCAACUGUCAUGCCCAUUGAUCAUCCUCCCAUCAAAGCUUUCUCUGAGAAGCGCACCUCCCCGUCUGUGAAUCUGCUGGCUAAAACACAUCCAUACAACCCUCUCUGGGCCCAGCUGGGGGACUUGUAUGGUGCAAUUGGUUCCCCAGUGAGGGUAACUCGAACCGUGAUCAUUGGGAAACACAGAGACCUGGUCCAACGGAUACUAUACGUUCUGACCUAUUUCCUCCGCUGCUCCGAGCUGCAAGAACACCAGCUGACUUGGAGCGGGAAGUUUGGAGACGAAGAGCAGAUGUUCAGUGGCAGCCAAAUCACAACCACCUUGGAAAAGGGAGAGGUGGAGGAGUCUGAAUACGUGGUGGUUACUCUGAGGAAUGAACCCGCUCUGGUGCCUCCGGUCCUGCCCCCAAAGAGUGGGGAGAAGAGAAAUCGACCCCCUGCGGGUUUGGCGGGGGCCCCAGAGUGCCCUGGGACAGCCGACUCUUUGCACAGAGUUGACCGAGAAAAGAGCAAGCUAUCGGAGUGGACCGAGCAGGAUUGCAAGGCUCCUCAGGUGGUGGUCAGAGGAGUGGCAUCGAGCAACUCAGGGCAGGAGCUUGGAAACCACAAUGCCACAGCGUGGGUAGCCUCCGGCCUCAGAGGCCCUGCCGAAACUGAGGCUUCAGAGAUGGGGCUGCAGCCCAGCCAGCAGCCGGUGAGGAAGGUUCUGCCGGUGACGGGCGGCCCCGAGAAACCUCACAGCAGAUCACCUGCCUGCCCUUGCCCAGAGAGGCUCACACGGGGGAGUACUCCUGUAGAAAAGGUCAUUUUUCGCAUUGGAAGCUCAGUGUCGCCAGAGUCAGACUUCGAAAGCCAGGCCAGGGAGAUGGAGGAAAACCUGAAAGCAUUCAGGAAGCAUCCAGCCCAGACAGAUAUGCCUUUGAUCCCGGCAGGCCUGGCUCCAGAUGACGACGCUCGGGAGGCAUGGACACCCGGGGUCUCGGUCAUCCGGAGGACCGUCGGUUAUGCUCCAAGCCUGUCUCGUGAGGGGAGCAGAAGUCUGUCGGAAGGGCAUUUCGUUGAGGAUAACGGUGUUGGUGUCACUGUCACCGAGGCUGCUGGGCCACCCAGCCCACCGACUGAACCCUUCGCACCUUCUCACAACACAGUGGCAACGGGAAAGAGGAAACCUCUGGAGGAGACUCAGACCUCGGGCCCGAAGGAUCAAUCUUUGGAACCAGUUCCGAGUACACGUGUCCAGCAGGGCUCUGGAUGUGAGGGAGCUUUGGAUGUCCCCUGUGGGGAUGCUAACAGGAAGACAGCAUUCAGACCAGAAGGCGACCUCCCCAGAAACGAGAGCUCAGACAGCGCCUUGGGAGACAGUGACGAGGAAAGUGGGGCCUGCCCGUCAGCUCCCCUGAAUUUAAGUUCUGACAGUGACCGACACGGAGCAUCAACAGAAGUGGAGUUGCCUUUGCCAAGGUCUCAAGUCGUCAGCAGCAGGAAUGUGAGGAACUUUGGGCGGUCGCUCCUGGGCGGUUACUGCCCAGCAUACAUGCCGGAUCUGGUGCUUCAUGGGACAAGCAGUGAUGAGAAGCUGAAGCAGAACCUGGUCGCAGACCUCAUCCACGCGGUGCACCAUCCAGUACUAGAUGAGCCGAUAGCCGAAGCAGUCUGUAUUAUUGCAGAUACGGACAAGUGGAAUGUCCAAGUGGCCACAAGUCAGAGGAAAGUGAUGGACAACGUGAAACUGGGCCAGGACGUCUUGGUCUCAAGUCAAGUGUCCAGUUUACUCCAGUCCAUUUUACAGCUUCACAAGCUCCACCUCCCAGCUGACUUUUGUAUCAUGCACCUUGAAGACAGGCUCCAGGAGAUGUAUCUCAAAAGCAAAAUGCUCUCCGAGUAUCUGCGAGGACAUACGCGAGUCCACGUGAAAGAACUGAGCGUCGUAUUGGGGAUCGAAUCUAAUGACCUGCCUCUGUUGACUGCUAUAGCCAGUACGCAUUCGCCAUAUGUUGCUCAAAUACUCUUAUAAGCUAAAGCUCAGGAGUUCUUCCCUACACAGACAAUUUGGAGAUGUUCAACUGAAGGAGAGCGGUGACGAGCACAGAGGAGGAGCGGGUAGAGGUGGGCAACCCAUCACCUUUUCGGUUGGGAUUCUUUUUAAAAUGGACAUUUCAUCGGAAGACUAGUUUACACGCAAAGGUAUUCGGGUGUUUCUUCAGUACUUUGCUCAGUGAUGAGUCAACCAAAUGAGAAAGUAACAUUUUUUUAUGAAAUAAAAUGAUAAAUUAAACACUAUAAUGCACACUAAGCUGCCAGCACAAACUAAGUUGUGCUGCUUGAAGAGGGAAGGAAGUGGGGCAGACUGGUUCUGAUGCUACACAGCAACACUUUGGAGAAGGGAAGAAAACGAUGAAUGAAACAUUCCUCCAUGAAACUGCUUCAUAAGUGAGCAGCCAAGAUGCGUUCCAGCGCUGGGCUGAGCAUGCUCCACUUUUGGGCAGAGACCAGACAGUUUUCUUUUUUGGGUUUUUUUGUUUUCGUUUUUUUAAAAAAAGACAUAAGCAAGAAGGAAGUGACUUUGAGUUUUUCUAGGCUCUGGGUUUGCUG